GGAGACAUGGAGAAUCACCAGGAGGUGGAGGGAGAGGAGAAGGAGGACAAGGUAGGGCCAAUGGAGGAAGACGAGCAGGUCGGUUCGACCUUGACGAUGGAGCGAGUCGCCGCCGCGAAGCAGUUCAUCGAGAACCACUACAGAGCGCAAAUGAAGCAUAUCCAACAGCGGAAAGAGAGGCGCUUGGUGCUGGAAAGAAAGUUAGCCUCUUCAGAUGUAUCUGAAGAAGAACAGAUCAAUUUACUAAAGGAUUUGGAACGGAAGGAGACGGAGUACAUGAGACUUAAACGGCACAAGAUAUGUGUUGAUGAUUUUGAGCUACUUACAAUCAUAGGAAGAGGAGCUUUUGGAGAGGUCAGACUUUGCCGUGAAAAGAAAUCAGGGAACAUCUAUGCCAUGAAGAAAUUGAAGAAGUCAGAAAUGCUUAGCCGAGGCCAGGUUGAGCACGUUAGAGCUGAAAGGAAUUUGCUUGCAGAAGUUGCCAGCCAUUUUAUUGUUAAACUCUAUUAUUCUUUCCAAGAUGCCGAGUAUCUAUAUUUGAUAAUGGAAUAUCUGCCCGGUGGUGACAUGAUGACUUUGCUUAUGAGAGAGGAGACUUUGACUGAAACGGUGGCCAAAUUUUAUAUUGCUCAAAGUGUUCUUGCCAUAGAAUCCAUUCAUAAGCAUAAUUACAUUCACAGGGAUAUAAAACCAGACAACCUUCUGUUGGACAUAAAUGGUCACAUGAAGCUUUCUGAUUUUGGUCUGUGCAAACCUCUUGACUGCUCAAAUUUAUAUUCUAUAGAUGAAAACGAAGCCAUGGAUGAUGGCAAUGUCGGUGAAUCGAUGGACAUUGAUGGGUGCUUUCCCGAAACUAGUGGCGGGGGGCGCUGGAAAAGUCCCCUUGAGCAGCUUCAACAUUGGCAGAUAAAUAGAAGAAAACUGGCUUUCUCUACUGUUGGCACACCUGAUUAUAUUGCCCCAGAAGUUUUGCUGAAGAAAGGAUAUGGCAUGGAGUGCGACUGGUGGUCACUUGGUGCAAUCAUGUAUGAGAUGCUUGUUGGUUAUCCUCCAUUCUAUGCGGAUGAUCCAAUAAUGACAUGCAGAAAGAUUGUGCAUUGGAAGAAUCAUUUAAAAUUUCCAGAGGACGCCAGAUUGUCACCUGAAGCAAGGGAUUUGAUCUGUAGGCUUCUUUGUGAUGUGGAUAACAGACUUGGUACUCGAGGGGCAGAACAGAUUAGGGUUCAUCCUUGGUUCAAAGAUAUUGACUGGGAUAGACUUUACGAAAUGGAAGCUGCUUUUAAGCCGCAGGUCAAUGGGGAACUUGAUACACAGAAUUUCAUGAAAUUUGAUGAGGUGGAAUCUCCUACGCCUUCAAGGACAGGAUCUGGACCUUCAAGGAAGCAGAUGAUGUUGACACCUAAGGACCUCAGUUUUGUUGGCUACACAUACAAGAAUUUUGAGGCACUUAAGGGGGCUUAUGAUCUAUAUGUCCAUUCUGACAUGAAAAGGAGUUCAUCGCCAGCACGGUUAUCCACCGACUCAUUCCACAGUGAUCCCGGAGUGGGCUGCUCCACUGUCAAGUUGACCCCCGACAGUCCUGAAAAGCAGAUGAUCGUGUCGCAAGGGGACACGAUGUCGCAGUGAAGAGCGGUCAACUCUAUAGAUCAGCUUACAUAACAGACGAUUCCCUUCCUCGCUGCAAGGCGAGGGGUGCACCUGCUUAUUUUUCAGUCAGGUUUCACCCCAAGCUACGUUACUAAUUACAUUGACUGCCGUAUAUGCCACAGAACUCAAGCCAAUGUAUAGUAAUAUUGGAAUCUUAGGCGAUGUUGAAAGUGUCUGUAUGUGUCAGUUGGUAGCCAGCCUGUUGUUACGUUUGAAGUUUUGCAUCGAUGUAGGAAGUUUUGGGUACUAAUUGGCUGCCCAGACUACCCAGGUUGGCAGGGCUUAAAGACUUGCCUUCGCUUGUGGUGGGAUGGGCCUCGUUCUGUUUCUCUUGCUUGUUCCUAGCCUUGUGAAGUACCUGUAAUUGCUCUAACUUGUGUCAAGCCGAGAAUGGGAUUAGCGGCGAUUGGCAACCGCGACUUGAAUGGGAAAUGAAGUGUUGUC